UCAAUGAAACUCUACUGAUUGAAGAACAAUGUCUGAAACCUCAAACUAAGCAUUUUAUUUGACUGAAAACAAUUGGAAGAUAAGGUGAGAGGUUAGGGAAGAUAAGGAAGGACAUGUGGAAAUAAAAUGAAUCAGUCUAGAUCCAAGUUUAACGUUAUAUGUUAGAGCUCCAGACUAACUAUACGUGGAGUUGAAGAUGGACCGACUGACGUCCCCUAGUUUUAAAACAAAAUCUGAACAGUUCUACUUCAUGCACAGCGAUAUUAGUGAUGCUUCGGAGGGAAAUAGAGAUAGUGGAAUUGGAUCAAAUGGAGGGGGUGGAGGAUUUGAAGGAUCUAGAUUUUCCAGCUUUAAGUUUGACACUGACAUCGAACUGAAUACCAGAACGGGACAAGACGAUAUUAUGCCUAAGUCUCCUGGAAUAAGCAAAAAUCAGGAUUUGAAGGAUCGUGUACUUCUAGAUGUUUACAACCGAGUUAUCAGGGAUCUCAAAAGUAGUUAAUAUAUUUUUAAAAAUGCGCACAAAACCCUAAUCAAGCUCAAUUUGUUAUGAGUAAAAAAUGUAUGCUUUGAGCUGGGAACUUUAGAAUGGUGGAU